AUGAGCAACGGCACGAUUGACUGGGCGCUUGAUUUGAGAGUCCGGAUCACCACUCUGCUGGACAAUACCAUCACCGGCACCGUGUAUGCGUUUUGCCAAACCACAAAUACCAUCACUCUGAUUGAGGACCCGCCGGCCGAACAGUCCACAACAACAGAUUCCAAUACCAAGCCCCUGAGGCCCAAUUACCGUAUCAUCAAGACCUCGUUUGUGCGCGAUGUCACAACUCUUUCUCGACCCAAGAAGACUACAAUUCCACCGUCAGCUGCGAGCAUUGCACAAGGAACCCCUCAUAGAGACGCGUUCGCGCGGGCUGAACCACCUAUUGGUCCUGUGGCUGUGGCCCAACUCAAUGCAAAGGCCGAAGCCGCAGUGGCAGCUGAGCGCAAGCGCCGGGCUCGAAUUGGCGUUGGAGUGACUAAAGAGGCACAAGCCUUUUUUGAUCUGCUAUCUAAUACCGUUCCCUCUAUUUGGCAUGGAAAGUCUAUCAUAGCCAUGGAGGAGGUUAGGAUUGAUCCUCCAUACACUCCGGAGAGCUGCCUUGCUGACGAUCCCGAUUCAGCAGCUCUGCGAUAUGUCAAGCGUGUUGUUGAGGGAACUCGGGAGAAGCUUGCACAUACGAAUUCACAGAUCAAGGGAGGUUGA